AUGGAAGCGGAAAUUGACCUUGAAGCAUACAGUCCAUCCAUUUCAUCAUUUGAUGAAAAUUUCAAUUGUGAUGAAAUGUACAUUAUUACGAUUGAUGAUCCACACGUUCCUUCUAAUUCAGCAUUAUCAGAUGCUGAUGAUAUCAAUUCUGAUAGAAAACAAUAUGUUACAAAUGUUCCGGCACGUAGUGUUUCACGUGUUCUCGAUGAGGAAAUACGUCAAAGGAUUAAAGCUCUCCUGAAAAUAAUUUUUAGAAAUGUUCGAAAAAAUUGA